AUGGAAGCAACGAUAGCACGAGAUAUCGAGGCGUUGAACGGGGAGAACAGCAUGAUGUUCCGGCAAAUCUGUGAGUUUGCCUUCUCAACAAGCAAGGUUGCCAAACAUCUGCAGCGGAAGUCACAUCAAGUUAGGAUGAAGCGAAUGGCGGAGUCGUUUUUCGUUCAAGAACUACAAAUCCCCCAACUUCUCGCUGUUUACGAGCCCAGUACCACAGGUCACGAAGCAAUGGCCUCGGCUGUCCGACAGUCACAGUAUUUUCAACAACUUCCCGAACUUCCAGUUUCCUGCCGAGAAUUGGAUGGAGACCCAUCAAACAUUCCCAUCGUCUUUGAAGAUGUUUACGUUCCCUUGACUGAAGCGCAGAGGAAUGGGGUAGUUCAGUCUACGUUAGAUGCCAUUGUUCCCGUGUCGAGCUCCAAACCAUCUCGGCGCAUCCAGAAGGAGGAGGGCAUUCGGACAGACUUCAAUCAUCGCCCGGCGUAUCGCCCAGCGUCAGUCGUGGCCGGUUCGACGUCGUCCGUCGAAGACACCAUCCUCGCGGAUCUCGCUGUCUCGCGGUCAGGCAGCUACAAGAGCCUCGUUUUCGGACGCAGUCACUGCCUGGUGCCGAGCGAGAGCCGUCGAAAUCGGUUUAACCUGGGUCGAAGGGUUUCCACACGAAGUGACGUCGCCAUCGCCGGUGGCCGGAGCGAUGUUAGGCUCCUGAGCUAUCGACGCAUAACGGACGACUCGCCGGAGCGCAACGGCAUCUCCCGCUCCACAACCUCGAAGUCUCAAGACUGUGACGACGUUGAUGAUGAAAAGGGACAUUGGCGUGCGGGAAGUGGCAACGCUAGCCGAUUCUCGAAAUUUGGCGAAGCAUGCGGUCAGAGUGUUUCACUCCUGUCGCUUCCGAGUCUCGAUGUGACCUCGCCUGUUCCUCUCCCCAAAUUCCACCUCCUCCUGCGACUAAAACACAAUCGAAACCAGCGCCAAAUGAAGCAUGCUCUUUCAACGCCGAAUUUGGAUGUCGCUGCCGCAGCCGCAAGUUCCGAGGCGCCUCUUAACCUGCGGAGUUUCUCCGUCGCCUUGGAGGCGGUGGGGCGCUGUCCGCGUUGCGGGCUCCCGGACUGGGGUGGCGCCGACCGGCCCACCGACACCGCCGCCGCCGCCGCCCCCUACUCGCUCUCAAUGCCCUCUCUGACGUCGCUCGAUCCAGGCGGAGGAAGCUGCUCUCUGUCUGACCCCGGUGUAUCCAACAGCCUGCCAGUGAGACCCUCCAUGAGACGCCUGAAGCAGCAAAAGCGACAGCAACAGAUGGCGAAGUCGUUGUUUGGGCGGAGCAGCAAAUCUAGGUGCGAGGUUCAUCCGCUCACUUCGUGA